ACAGAACAAGGAAAUUUAACCUAUAUCAAAAGUCCUCGUAAACAAGAGAUAGUGUUUUGUUGACAGGGGACUGAAAAAUGUUUAAAAACUAUGUCUUAUAAUGUAAAUUCGGAAAGAAAGUUUCUCUAACAGACUUCGUAAAAUGGCUGCAGGAAGAUUCUCCACAUCAAUCAAAGGUUCGGAUGCGGACUUUGAGUACACAUGUACCCAGUGUGAGGGAUACCAUAUAAGGGAGGAAGCUGUCAAGUACUGUCCAGAAUGUGAGGAGUAUCUGUGUACAAAAUGUACCAACCAGCAUGGUCAAAGAAAAGCUUUUAUUUCACAUAAACUAAUAGACACAGAUGCUACAAAACGAGGGAAUAUGGUUACCAUAGCUACAAAAUGUCGUUACCAUCCAAACAGAGACAUUGAGAUGUACUGUGGAACCCAUGAUAUGGUCUACUGUGCGAAGUGUAUAGCAAAGGAACAUAGGUCCUGUAAUGACGUUAGUGAAAUAGAAGACAUGCACACAUCUCUCGUUGACCAACAAGAAGUACAACGUUUACAGAAUCAGACGAGAAACAUUCAAGAGCGUCUUAUUGCCAUUGAUAGGAAAACACAGAAAAACAUCGAUAGCAUUGAACAGCAAAGGGACGACGUGCUUGCCAAAAUCGAGGACAUUGAGAGGAGCUUCAUAGAGCAUAUCCGGAAAUUAAAGCAUGGAGCAAUUGGCGCUCUUAACAAGAACUAUACUUCUGAGAAAGAAAACCUGCAGUAUAAUAUCAACAUGAUGGCAAAUUCGAAAAAGGAAAUUGAGACUGUAAGUAGUCAGUUGCAGACAGUUACCAGUAUAGAAGCAGGACAACAGUUUGUUCAGAUGAAACUGAUACAACAGACUGUAAAUGAUGCAGAAAAAUUGGUUGAAGAACGUGAGGCGACAGGUAGUAAAGCUUUAUGUUUUACAGAAAAUACAGAUUUGAAGACCUCCAUUUUGACAGCGAAAACUUUAGGACAUGUGAAUACCGUUACAGAAAAUGACCGUCAAACUGCCCGAAGAAUAUAUAAGGUGAAAUCAAAAAAGGAGAUAAAUAUCAAAAUGCAAAACGACCGUAGAGCGUGUUAUAUAAUUGAUGUAUGUCAGCUACAGGACGGUACGAUCAUACUGGCUGAUGGCGAUAAUAGGAAGAUUAAGAGGCUUGAUAUGAAUUACAACAUCAAGGAUCACUGUGGUCUAGGUGACUAUCCCUAUGGUAUCUGUUGUACUGGUCAGAAUGAAGUCGCUGUAAAAAUGAGCAACAACAAGGUUCAGUUUAUAUCAGUCGGCAGUUCAUUUUCUAAGCUAAGAGAGAUAACUGUAGCAUUUGGAUACCUUUCGGGAAUGGUUUACUGUCCUGGAGAAUUGUGGAUAUCUACCGGAAGUGGUGUAAAUGUCUACAGUACAUCCGGUACACUACUGAAAACUGUUAGCAAAGAUAUCUAUGGUCAGAAUAUAUUUAAAUCGGCUACUCGACAUAUGGCAGUCAGUGGGGAAACUGUUAUCGUAACAGAUUGCAGUGAUGGAGCCGUCUGUCUGGGAAGAGAUUAUACGGUACAAAGAGAACUGUGGGACAAAAGGCUUGUCAACACAUUAGGUGUAAGUGUAUCUAGUGAUGGAACCGUCUUCCUGUCUGGAUACGAUUCACACAAUAUUGUGAUGUUUGAUAAGAAUGGGAAAUGCCUCGGACAGUUGGUAGCCAAAGACACUAGUCUACAGAAACCAACUGCGUUACAUUAUGACGACAAAAGGAGUUGUUUAAUCUCAACAUGUGCUAGUUCUGACAAAGUAAUUAUUUUUGAUAUAUCCGAUUGACUUUACGUAUACAUUUGUACUUUAAAAAUUUCAAAGCAACUCAGAGCUGUGCCUAAACACAUCUAAAUAAAUUACCAAUUUUAAACUAAAGUUCAUUCUUUCAAGUUAUCUGUAAGUUUGAUAUUUAGAUAUAAACAUUAUAUAUAGGUAUUAAAAGUAGUCAAAACUACAAAAUAAUACAAGGGGCCUCCGUAGCCGAGUGGUCAAGGUUGCUGACUUCAAAUCACUUGCCCCUCACCGAUGUGGGUUCGAGCGAUGAAUUCUUCCUAGGUGACCGCUCGUGAUCAAAUAAUGCAUGGAGGGGCACCUGGGGUCUUCCUCCACCAUAAAAGCUUGAAAAUGACCUAUAUUGUGUUGGUGUGACGUUAAACUCAACAAUAACAAAACAAAACAAAAAAACAGCAGAAUAAUACAAGUCACUUUUACUAAUCACCUUAAAUAUUGCCAUUCGAAUCCAAUCUUAUAAAUCUUUCCAUUUUUUCUGAUCUACUGGACGCAGUUAUGUUGUCACUUAUGGAGCUUAGGCUGUGUCACACAAAAUAUACGCAGCGUACGUGCGUUUAUAAAUUCAGCUAUUCCUUUUCUCUUUUUUGGAAUAUACUUACAUGUUAAAGUCGAUAUGAACUCAUCGAUAACCCUUAAUUUCAUGAUUGCCCGAUGUUUCAGAUAUUUAGCGUCAUGAUCUUUAAAACAAAAUAUUUUAGGAAACACCUACUUUUUAACAAUAAUAAAGCGUUACAACAUAAUGGUGUUCUGGCAGACCAAUCGUAUAGUUGUACCGUCGACCCAUUAAGAGGUAAGGGCGAUAUUACGAUAACAGGGUCCAACAAAACCACAACAGGAUAUGAUAGCACGAUAAUGCAAUGCUAAAGUAAGAUAACACGAUGCAACAGCACGAUAACACGAUGCGAUAGCACAGUGCGAUGCGACAAGACGACUUAAUAUCGCAUUAUCAUAUCGUGUUGUCUUGUUGUAUCAAAUCACCAAAUAACUGUACUAUCAAAUCGUGUUGUCAUGCUGUAGCGAUCGAAUAUCUCACAACAGUAUCGUGGUGUCGAGGUCGACAGUACGACGGUACGACAUUAUAUAUCGCAACAGCAGAGUGUUGUGGUGUAGAUCAUUAAUACCGAAUACGACGGUACGAUAUAAUAUCCUUACUAAUCUGGUUAGACAUAUGCUGUUACAAUAACAUAGUAGAUAAAGUUUGGUUACAAAUCUUAAAAUACAAUUGAAUAUUACAGCAGUAACAGCAACGUUAUGACUGGUAGACCGGUAUUCGAAUUUAGAUCGUAGAUCGUAGACGAACAUGUAUGUUAAGUCCGAGUCUGCAAACAUAGAUCAACAUUCAAAACUGUUCAGGUCGUAGAUCAACAGGUGUUCAUUUGUUCUUUACUGUAAAGAUUAGAAAGUAGACCUAGGUCUGCAAUCAUAGUUCAAAAUUCGAAAUUUCAAGCGUGAUAACAAAUAAAAAAAAUGCAAGAAUUAACUGCAUAAUUAUGAAGAUUUUAAACAUUACUUUCCAUAAAGUAAUCAAACUUAAUUAUUUGUCUGUAUAUAUCACUAUCUUGAAUGAUUUCAUUUUAAAAUAAAUCAAUGAAUAAAUAAAUUAGAUUAAUAAUAAUAACUUCUAACAUAAUAUUAAAUGUUAUGUACAAUUAUUACUUCUCUUUAUAGUUAAAACAUUUUUAAACAAACUGAACAUGUCGGAUUGCUAGUAUUCAUUUACGUAUAAUAGUCUAUAAUAAAUCUUUCUUACAAAUGAAAUGAAUGAAAAUGAAAUUUAUUGUACACUUUUUAUUAAAAGUUAUUUCACUUUCACAAAAUUAUUAUCAAUGUCAGAGAUAUUUCCGAUUUUGUCCAUGAUGACUGUUGACAUUUAGGUAGACGUCAAAACGUUACAUUGUUUGUAAACAAUCUAGGGGAAAUGUACUGUAUGCUUUUUGUCAAAAGUUAUUUCACUUUCACAAAUUAAUGUAAGAGCUCAAUAUUGGUUAUAGUUUUCAUUACAUUUUUGUACUUCAGAGAGAAACAGAUUUAGAUAGUUGAAGUAGAUUUCGACAUUCUUUCAUUUUUAACAUUUUUAUGAAAUACAUGCAAAAUUGUUGUACAGUUUUGUCAAGAAUUCUUUCAUUUUCACAGAUGAAAAUUUAAAUAGACUGAUGAAAUAAAUUAAAAUCUAUUGCGCUUUAACGUUUCAUUUUUCAUUUUCACAGACAACUUGUUGAAUUUUAAAGUUGUUGCUUCAUUUAUUAUAAACUAACUGGAAUAUUAAAUAGAAUAAA